AUGGACGAAUCUAAAAGCCAUGCCGCCGCUCCUCGCGCAUCUACUCCUCCUCCCCGCUCAGAUCGCGGUCGCUUGGAGCCCAGACAGACCCUCGACAAUGGAUCCAAUCGUUCUCUUCGCAGCAACGCAAGGAAAAGCGACGCUACCCGUGCGAGCCCGUUUGAUGUCGACGCCGUCGACAACGCUUUGUUACGCGAGUUCCAACGACCACAGCGAGAGAGCACACCGGGGGCUAGUCCUCAUCGUAAGCGGCAGCGGAUAAACGGUGAUCGAUUCAUCCCGACUCGUUCCGGCCAAGACCUGCAAGCUAGCUUCAGUCUACUUCAUGAGGAUGGAUCACCUGCUACCCCUUCGAAACAAAAGAAGCGUACUCCUCACGGUGAACUUCACUUCCAAAAGACUGAGGAGGCAAACCGUACCUUCUCACACCUGCUUCGUGCCGAGCUCUUUGAGAACUCCGUACCCCAAGCAGCAACCCCAACUCUCUCCCCGAACCAAGCUCUCCCCACAACCUCUCACAUCCCCGCCAACGAUGGCACUCGGGCUCACACACCUCCCACUAAUGCCACCGCGCCUUCAUUGCCAUCUUCAUUAACGCCGUCAACACCUCAUAAGAAUCUCUUCUCAUACAUGUCACCACGCCAGCACAGCAACGUUGCUGGACAUCCGACUCCCUCGAAGACACCACAAAGCCGCCACGGCCCCAAUUUGGAUACUCGAGCUGAGAUAUACAGCCUAUCGCCAGUACGAUUUGGUAGCCAACAGAUGCUGCUCAGCCCCAGGCGCCAGCCAAGGGCUGUUAGCAAAGUGCCCUAUAAGGUCCUUGACGCCCCCGAACUGGCCGAUGAUUUCUAUUUGAACUUGGUGGAUUGGGGGAGUGCAAACAUUCUUGGUGUCGGCCUGGGUUCCAGUGUUUACAUGUGGAACGCGCAAACCAGUAAGGUAAACAAACUUUGCACGUUGGAGGACGACACCGUGACAAGCGUGUCAUGGAUACAAAAGGGCACACACCUUGCUAUAGGAACUGGCAAGGGUCUAGUGCAGAUCUGGGAUGCGGAAAAGGCACGAAGACUACGAACAAUGACUGGCCACACAGCGCGUGUGGGAUCCUUGGCUUGGAACACCCACAUUCUUACCUCUGGAUCGCGCGAUCGACUCAUCUAUCACCGCGACGUGCGAGCUCCCGACCAGUGGCUGAGGAAACUUGUUGGUCAUAAGCAAGAAGUUUGUGGCCUCAAGUGGAAUUGUGAGGACGGGCAGCUGGCGAGUGGCGGUAACGACAACAAGCUCAUGGUCUGGGAUAAGCUCUCAGAAACACCGCUUUGGAAGUUUUCGGACCAUACCGCAGCCGUCAAGGCUAUCUCAUGGUCUCCUCACCAGCGCGGCUUGCUCGCGUCUGGAGGUGGUACUGCUGAUCGCCGCAUCAUCUUUCACGACACCGUCAAGGGAUCUGUCAUCAACGAGAUUGACACAGGCAGCCAGGUCUGCAAUAUUGCUUGGUCAAAGAACUCCAACGAAAUUGUCUCGACUCACGGCUACAGCCAGAACCAGAUCGUUGUCUGGAAGUAUCCUUCCAUGACCCAGGUGGCCAGUCUGACAGGACACACCUAUCGAGUGCUGUACCUGGCUAUGAGCCCGGAUGGCCGAACGAUUGUGACUGGAGCUGGAGACGAGACUUUGAGAUUCUGGUCGACAUUUGGUCGGCGGCCAGGAACUCGAGAGGAUGGUGACAACGGAGGUCGACUUGCUGACUGGGCUGUUAUUCGAUGA